CCCAUUCAGUCUCUCUUCAGCCUGUGACGAGGAGGGUACUGCAACACGCGUGUGUCUCUCUCUCUCUCUCUCUCUCUUUCUCUCUCUCCGUGUCUUUUAAAAGAACAGGGAAUCAGUCGAGUGGUGGCAAUGGUGGUGACCGGCCAAGUGGUAAUGGUGAUGAUGGUGGUAGGAGCCACCGCCUUGCCACAAUCUUCAUACAGUUAUGCUUCUUAUGGCGAGUACGAUGACUACGGGGGCGUGUACGAUACUUAUGACGUGUAUGAUGAGUACGAUACCCCCAUGGACGUCCCUGUGUUUACCUCUAAGUCCCUGAAGCUCACUGUAGAGGUGGGGAGAUGAGGUGACCAUUCCCUGCCAUGUUGAUCAUCUAGGUCUAUACGUAAUUAUCCUUAAGAAGAUCUCACCUGAUGGAAGUCACCGCAUUCUAUUCGUGGGGGACAAUGCACUGAAGCCGGCGAAGCGCAUCGUGAAGAAUGGGACCUUCGUUUACCCUACGCGGGGCUCGACGGGCGAACGCUGGCCAGUAUGUGUGUAGAAUUGAAUCCUCGCCUGCCAUUGAGUUGAACCACACUCUUGAUGUCUUGUACGCCCCCACGCUUCGCCUGGUGACCCCGGAGGAGCAGGAGGUCAACGAGGGAGGGAACGUGACCCCUACAGUGCCACGCAGAUGGGAACCCAACUCCUACAAUAUCCUGGGAGAAGGUGGGGGGGUACCCUGCCUGGGGGGGCGGCUGAGGAGGAAGGCGGAAUACUACACAUUGAAGAGGCCGAGGUGGAGGAUGAGGGGGAGUAUGUGUGCACGGCCAGUAACGGCGUGUCCCAGCCCCCUCCACCGUUACAUCAGCCACUUCCCGUCUUCGCGUCCGCUACGCCCCGCAGGUCACCGUCUCGCAGACCAUUGAACCAGCAGAGAACGGUGACGGGUACGUGGGGACCCUGCGGUGUGACGUACAAGGCUACCCCACCCCUACUAUCACCUGGGAGAGGAGUGAAAAUGGCGCCCCUCUGCCCCUGCCGCCCACCGCCCACGACCUUACCGCCCACGACAUGGAGUUACGCCCCCUGACAGUCGACGCCCUUGGGAGUUACGAGUGCACGGCGGAGAAUGAGCUUGGUCUUGACUCUGAUACCGUCAUGCUGAAGGGCCUGCUCCCGGCGCCAGAGUUGACGAGUGGCCACGAGGGCGCCUCCACCUCCUCCUACACCCUCACCUGGACCACGCCCGCCGACGCCCCGCCAGUGCCCGCCCACGCCUACAAACUCAGACUUAAGCAGGUCAAGGAAGCAGAGGAACCAGCAGAAGGAGACGCCGAAGAAGACACAGACGCCACCGUGAUAGAGGAGGCAGACGUGGCUGAAAAUGAAGUUAUAAGCCACAUUGAAAACACAGACAUGGACCAAACAGAGGUGGAACACGAGGACAUACAAACAACACAGCAGCCAGAAGAAGAAGAAGAAGAAGAAGAAGAAGAAGAAGAAGAAGAAGAGGAAGAAGAGGAAUGGGAGGACAGUACCUACCCAAUGGAGGAGAGCGUGAAAGUCGGAGAAGGCGAGGAGAGAAGUCAUGUGAUUGAAGACUUGGAGCCAAAUACAAAAUACCAGGUGACUCUCGCCCUGAAGAACCACUUCGGCUGGUCCCCGGAGUCCGCAGUGCUGGAGUUCACGACAGCGCCAGUGACCACGACCACCACCACCACCACUACCACCACCACCACCACGACUACAACUACCACUGUCAAGCCUCCGAGAGAAGAACCAGUCAUAUCAGGUGUGGGCGAGGGCGCGGGUGGACACCUAGGAACACGUGUGGUGAGAGUAAUAGUGCUGGCGGUGGCAGUGUUGGUGGUGGGUGCUGUGAUGUGGUAGUAGUAGCAGUAGUAAUAGCUCUUCUCUCUCUCUCUCUCUCUCUCUCUCUCUCUCUCUCUCUCUCUCUCUCUCUCUCUCUCUCUCUCUCUCUCUCUGUAGUCAUUUUUUUUUCUCUCUCUCUCUCUCUCUCUCUCUCUCUCUCUCUCUCUCUCUCUCUCUCUCUCUCUCUCUCUCUCUCUCUCUCUCUCUCUCUCUCUCUCUCUUUUUGUGUGUUUUGUGUGUGUGUAUGUGUGUGUGUGUGUGUGUGUGUGUGUUCAUGUAGAUAUGUAAGUGCCUUCUGUGUAUGUAUGUAUGUGUGUACGUAUGUCGUGUGUGUGUGUGUGUGUGUGUGUGUGUGUGUGUGUGUGCCAAGCAGUUUCAAUAUUAUACUAUGCUCAUUAAUAUAACAGUACUAGAAAAUGAUGAUGAUGAUGAUGAUGGUGAUGAUGCUGAUGGUGAUGAUGAUGGUGAUGAUGAUGAUGAUGGUGAUGAUAAUGAUGAUGGUGAUGAUAAUGAUGAUGGUGAUGAUAAUGAUGGUGAUGAUAAUGAUGAUGGUGAUGAUAAUGAUGAUGGUGAUGAUAAUGAUGAUGAUGGUAAUAAAGUUCUAAUUCUUA